AUCUCCUACAGAAGAUUGUGAGUCACACUCUCUCUCAUUGUCCCAUAUCUCGUGAUCCUCUUCUCUCCUCUAAACUCAACAUGUCAUCCGCCGCCGCAAGUCCAGCUCUUUCACUCCUCAAGUCAACCGGCGGCGUUGCUUCAUCCGCCGCAACUCGAGCACGCGCCACCCUUCUACCCAUCACCUCCAAAUCCAAAUCCAUCUCCACGCGUCCUCUCGGCUUCUCCGCCGUCCUCGACUCCCGUUUCACCGUCCAUGUCGCCUCAAAGGUUCAGUCUUUCCGCGGCAAAGGCACCAGAGGAGUAGUCUCCAUGGCCAAGAAGAGCGUCGGAGACUUGACCUCUGCUGAUUUGAAAGGGAAGAAGGUUUUCGUGAGAGCUGAUCUCAAUGUACCUCUCGAUGACAAUCAGACAAUCACUGACGAUACGAGAAUCCGUGCCGCCAUUCCCACAAUCAAGUACUUGAUCGACAAUGGCGCUAAAGUCAUCCUCUCCACUCAUCUGGGAAGGCCAAAGGGAGUCACACCAAAGUUCAGUUUAGCUCCCCUUGUCCCUAGACUCUCUGAGCUUCUUGGUAUUGAGGUCAAGAAAGCUGACGACUGUAUUGGUCCUGAAGUUGAGAGCUUGGUGGGUUCUCUUCCUGAAGGUGGAGUUUUGCUUCUUGAGAACGUCAGGUUUUACCAGGAGGAAGAGAAGAACGAUCCAGAGUUCGCUAAGAAGCUUGCUUCGCUUGCUGAUCUUUAUGUCAAUGAUGCUUUUGGAACUGCUCACAGAGCUCAUGCUUCCACUGAGGGUGUCACUAAGUUCUUGAAACCUUCCGUUGCUGGUUUCCUUCUGCAAAAGGAGCUUGAUUACCUUGUGGGAGCGGUUUCGAGCCCAAAGAGACCAUUUGCAGCCAUAGUGGGUGGUUCCAAGGUCUCGUCCAAGAUUGGAGUUAUUGAAUCGCUUCUUGAGAAGUGUGAUAUCCUUCUUCUUGGUGGUGGGAUGAUCUUUACAUUCUACAAGGCGCAAGGUCUUUCUGUUGGCUCGUCCCUUGUUGAAGAAGACAAACUCGAACUGGCUACAUCUCUCCUUGCCAAAGCUAAGGCCAAAGGCGUCUCUCUUUUGUUGCCGACCGAUGUUGUGGUUGCUGACAAGUUCGCUCCUGAUGCAAACAGCAAGGUUGUGUCUGCAUCAGGCAUUGAGGACGGAUGGAUGGGACUGGACAUCGGUCCAGACUCGAUAAAAACAUUCAACGAAGCUCUGGACACAACACAGACAGUCAUUUGGAAUGGACCUAUGGGAGUUUUCGAGAUGGAGAAGUUUGCUGCUGGAACAGAGGCCAUUGCGAAUAAACUAGCAGAGCUAAGUGAAAAAGGAGUGACAACGAUAAUAGGAGGAGGAGACUCAGUGGCUGCAGUGGAGAAAGUAGGAGUUGCAGGAGUCAUGAGUCACAUCUCCACUGGUGGUGGAGCCAGCUUGGAGCUCUUGGAAGGCAAAGUACUUCCCGGUGUGAUCGCUCUUGAUGAAGCUUAAUAGAAACUCAGAACAUUUUGAUGAGGCAAACUAUGUAUAACCAUUGAGUUUCUUUUGCUGCAAAUCUAUGUAUUCAAGACUUUUUGACUUUAUAUUCAAUAAGGGGAGUGUAUUAUUAAAGUGAGAGUUUGUUUUUUGUAUUAAAAUAUCAAUUUCACCAUUU